AGGGCAACCGCCUCCGUAAUACCACUCGAAUCUGCCAUCCUGUACCUCCGUCGGGGGCUGAACGCCGCUCGUUGUUCCGAUCUGUGAGAAAGAAAGGAGAAGCAAGAAAGAGAGAUGGUUGCUGAAUCAUCGAAGAAGACGCCUAGGGUUUCAAGCCAUAGCUUUGAGGGAAGAGUAACUGCAACAGUAAAUGAUGAAGGAAUUGAAAAACCCGCUGCUGUUACAAAAAUGAAUGUAACGUUAUCUGCUGAUCUUCAUGUUUUUGAUGGACAAGUUGCAGCUUUUCAUGUCAUAAGGGUAAUCCUCUCUGUCAUCGUUAUUGAAGAUCCGCAUCAUCAUCAGUUCGAUUUCACUCUCUUGGUUUCCUCCAGCUGCCACCUUGUGGAAGGAUUUCACACCUAUUUUAAUUUAGGGUUUACAAUAAUUAACCCUAAAUUUGAUGGCGGAGCAGUCAUCUACGCUUACAGCCAAGGGGUUCAACUGACGACUUCAGGCAAAGCUAUGGCAAUUGCUGUGCAGCCUGCUAAAGACCCGAGAACGAAGAAGAAAGCAGUGACGAUGAAACGAACAGUGGUGAUUGGGCUGGUUGUGGUACCCCUAGUUGGUUAUGUUGUAGAUGUUUUGUAUGAAAAUUUACUGGAUGGUGUCAGUGGCAUAAGUGAAAUCGAGUCAUUCGGCUGCCAAUACUUUCCUACGUGUUUUCAUAGAGCUCUGCAGUCAACUGUCUUCUAUCAGGUAGACUGGAUCUGAUGUAAGACUGUUCACCAACUUCGAUUUCAUCUUAAAGGU